AUGAUAAAAAUAUUUGUUGUAGGUGACCUACGGGCCUCGAAGAAAACAAUUAUCAAACUCACAUCGCGACACAGUAAAAAUGAAAUCAACGUGAGGAAGGGAAAGGUCAUACAAAUAACUUUAGGACGAGAUUUAAAAAUGAAAAAGUCUGUAACAAUACUAACUGAAGCUGACAAACACCAGAAUAAUAUAAGGGAGAUUUUGUUGAAUUCGAACGCGACGCCGAUUCGCUGCCGAGGCGGCAUCGGUUACGCUUGCUGUUUUUGCACCGAAGAAUUCCCAGACCCAGCGGACCUGAAGAAACAUACCAUAGAUGAACACGACGAUGCAGACAAAUCAAAAUUCAUGAAGGGUAAAGAUAUGCAUAGCUUUUUCGUCAAACUCGACAUUACCAAUCUAAGUUGUAACCACUGUGAUGAAAAAAUAGACACAAUACAAACGUUAGUUAAGCACCUCCAAACAGUGCAUGAUAAAAAACUAUUCAUGGAUCUGAAAGAUCACAUUUUACCGUUCAAAUUUGGGAGCGAAACACUGAGCUGUUGCAUUUGUUGUAAUUUCUUCAAUACGUUCAAAGCUCUACAAGAACAUAUGAAUGUACAUUACAGAAAUUAUCUUUGCGACGUCUGCGGAGCGGGGUUUGUCAAUAAAAAUAUAUUAUUGAGACAUAACGACGCCCACAAAAUAGGUACGUUUACUUGCGAUGAGUGUUGUAGAACAUUCGACACGGCCCGCAAGAAACAUCUCCAUGAUAGAUCUCAUCAUUCGAGAAUGAAGCUGCCACACAAAUGCGGUUAUUGUUUGGAGAGAUUCAAGGAAGUGUGGAAGAAAUACGAACAUUUAUCAAAAGUUCAUGGGAUUAAGAGCCCGGGUAUAAAAUGCCAGGUCUGUGACAAGACGUUCGAAACCAAGAAUGCUUGGAGAUUACAUACGACAAGGGUCCAUUUGCUGCAAAGACCACAUAAGUGUAAUGACUGUGAUAUGGAGUUCUACGCGAAAAGAGAACUGGAGAGUCACAUGGUGAAACAUACGGGUGCAAGGGAGUUCAAAUGCGACAUCUGUUUCAAGUCCUAUGGAAGGCAGAAAACUUUAAAGCAACACAUAAAAAGAGUACAUUCCUAGAAAAAUAAUACAUUAUAUUAGCCAUAAGUGUUUUGUUCUAUUGUUGUAAGAAUAGCUAAUACUAAUAAAUUAAAAUAUUGGAAUAAACUAAUAGUCCCAGCUUCAA